AUGGAUACGCCUCAUACUCCCCUUUGGGCUCACAUCCAUCAACCUCGUCUAGCACAUCCUCAACCAUCCUCAAUACCUCAUCAACCACCUCAAGAUCCUCUCCCUCCAUCUCACUCUCUCCCUCUCGCUCCUCCAACACCAGCACCUUCACCACGUCCAACCAGUCCAGAGCCUUCAUCUCCCUUACUAGGCCCCUCCACUUCCUACCUCAAUACCUUCCCCCUCCUCCCAACAAGGCAACAGCGGGCUUUCCUCACUUCCCUCAUCCCCCUCCUCACGUCGGACCAUCUCCGGCACCUAAACGCACUCAUCACGCCUCUCCUCCAGCGCGACUUUCUGCGCGAUCUGCCUAUCGAGCUCGCGCUCCACGUUCUACGGCUCGUCGACGACCCACGCACUCUUGCCCGUGCGAGUCAGGUCUCACGCACAUGGCGCGCUCUCCUCCUAGACGAACAUAUGUGGCGCGAGAUGUGCAGGCGACACGGCUUUGACGCUCAUCUAUCCACCGCAGACGUCCUCAGGAUCAGGCACCAGGAGCAGCAGGCAGCUUAUGCACAGGAGCACAUCCUCUCCCCGCGGCCUAUGCCCGCUCUCACCCCUCCCCUACCUCCACAUUCCCCGCCCUUCUCAUACCGACGGCACUUUGUCCUCUCCUUCCUUACCGACGCGAAUUGGAGACGCGGAGGACGUCUGCUCAUCACCCAUCCUCCGUCUCCUUCCUCCCCUCCACCAAUGGCAGGCCUCGAUCUAGCACCCCUCGGUGCCGUCCCGGGUAUCCCUCUCCUCCCGCAACCGCACCUCUUCCAGCCUCAACCGGGGCACGUGCACGCGCACCACCACCCUCCCCAGCCAGCACCACAAACGACAGAAAACGUCGUGACCAGUCUGGCGAUGGACGACGAUUACAUCGUUGUUGGGCUCGCGAACUGUCGUGUGCACGUGUACAACGCCCGUUCUGGUGCGCUCUUUCGCACUCUGGUGGGGCACGAGAGCGGCGUAUGGUGUUUGGGGCUCGCGAGCGCUACCCCGCGGGAAGAGUUUAUCAGCGGCUGGAAGAGCCCCGCUACCCCUAGUGUGGAGAAGGACAGCGAGGAGACGUGGAACGAGGAACAGAGAAGAAACAUGUCCGAUCCUUGUGGUGCUUCAAGAGGCUGGGGCAAUCCUGGUCCCGUCGUCGUCAGCGGGGGGUGUGAUAGGGAUGUCCGGGUAUGGGACGUCGAAUCCGGGGAGUGCAAGCAUGUUCUUGGCGGGCAUUCGAGCACUAUCCGAUGCCUCAAGCUCCUACAUGAUAGAUCUAUCGCUGUCACUGGCUCGCGGGACGGUACGCUUCGCGUGUGGGACGUCCAGCGCGGGCAGAGCAUGCAUGUCCUUGCCGGGCAUCAGCAUUCUGUGCGCUGUCUAGAGGUGUGGGGCAACCUCGUCGUCAGCGGGAGCUAUGAUUGUACAGCGAGGCUAUGGAAUGUGGACACGGGCGAGUGCCUCCAGAUCUACCGAGGUCACUUUCAUCAGAUUUACGCCGUCGCAUUCGACGGCGAGAGGGUCGUCACAGGCAGUUUGGACAGCACAGUCCGUGUCUGGACAGCGAGGAAUGCCGAAAGCGUGCAGAUGCUAACAGGGCACACGUCCCUCGUCGGUCAGCUGCAGCUCACCUCUACCCACCUAGCAACAGGCGGCUCAGACGGGCGAGUGAUGCUCUACGCCCUCCCCUCGCUCGCCCCCCUCCACCGUCUGCUAGCACACGACAACUCAGUCACCUGUCUGCAGAUCGACCACCGGUUCCUCGUCUCAGGGGGUAACGACGGCCGCGUAAAACUUUACGACCUCGAGACGGGCACUCUGAUCCGCGAACUGACCGAACCGUGUGAAGCGAUCUGGCGCGUGUCCUUUGGGAGGGAGAGGUGUGUCGUGUUGUGUAAGAGAGAUGGGAGGACGGUUAUGGAGGUUUUGAACUUUAGACCGGAAGAGGGAGAGCUGAAUUGGUAGCAUGACCUAACUAACCUUUGACGACCCGACGAUUUUCGCUUAUUCGAUUCUUACCUUUCGCUGUUGUCGUCGUCGUCGGUUUUCUUGCCCCGCUUUGUUCUGUUUGUUGUGGAACGUUUUUAUGGCACCUGUGUUGCCCCCCUUUUUCCGCUCUGCUCGAUGCUCGAUGCUUGUCAGUUUUGUCCCUGUUCCUGUUACUGUUCCCGUUACUGUUCCUGUUCUGUUCGUGCCUUUCCCCUGUGAUCACUAACCUUCUCCCUUUCCUUCUCCAUUUCUCCCUGUCCCUUAUCCCUUCCCCCGAUGCUCCAACUCUUACAAUCAACAUACACUAAACCCGCACGCUCGCACGCUCUUCGCACUGCGCACGCAUCUUUAUUACACUCUCAAACUCAAGCAAUUCAACGUUGUUUUUAUAGCUCAGCUCUAGGGUCUGUGGUUACUUCUACUGCUACUGCUACCUCUCUGUCGUCGUCUCCUUGC